AAAAACCUCAUCUUUGUUCCUUGUCAAUGCAUGGCAGAGAUGUGCCCCUAAGCAUCAUUUGUUGGCACCAAACCUCCUCUUUUGAGGGAUUCAUUCAUGGCCUCGGGGGGACAUACUCUCCCAUCAUUCUGUAUAGAUUCCAACCCCUUCCUUGCCUGCUCUCACCUUUCAGCAGUGGGAGAGCGCACACAAAGAAAGAGAUGGUGAUAUUUUAUGCGGCAAUUCCAUCUUGGUCAUCAUGACACACAAAGGGCAAGAGGAACAAAGAAAGCAAAGACUUACAAGAACAAAGCCACUCGGCUGAAAGCUCCCCCCUCUCUCUGCUCCCGUCACCUCAGACGUGAGAGAUAUAACAAGUAGCUGAAGACUCCACUUGUUGGAGUUCUGAACCAAGUGAACCAAUCCCAACUCCCGUCACCUCAAUUCCGAGGAUAAGGUGACACGCCGACUGUCCAAUCCCUCAUCUCCUCCCAACUCCAGUGGAAUUGCCACCCAAACCAAACAAAAAACUAUUUACCAUACGAGGAGAAAACAAAAAACAAGCUUUGAUACACGUACCCUUUCUGUGGGGUGAAAACGCAUAUCCAUAUCCAUUCUUCUUCGCUUGCGUCAUGUAUGCAUCAGACUAGAUCGAUGGUUGCCCCUCGCUCCUCCGGGUCACCCUUGCUUGAGCCUUCCUUCGUUGUCCUCUGGGCAUUUGUGUCACUCCGCUACUUCUCCACACUACUUUUUCUUUAAUUUAUAGGUGAUGGUGGGGUGCAAUAAAGAAACCCAUCCAUCUGUUUAGUGCUGCCAUCUCAAGAAGCCUAUAGACUAGUGAUGUCUCCUUUGGUGGACACAAAGCCUGAUGAAGCUGGGUAACCAGGAGGGAAGGGGGUGAUCGGAAGGAGGUCCUCAACUUCCCCGGCUCGUAAUUCUUGUUUAGCUAGCUUUAGUAGAUAUGGCAGAUGGGUGCGAGUAUGACGAGGACUUUGAGGAAGAGGAGGUUUGGGCUGUUAUGCCGGAGAUGAAAGAAGCGAGACCCAAGGAUUCAUCUUGUGCCUCUUCAUCUUCUUCUUCUGCUAGGCGUCUUCUGACUGGUGCAAGAAUGAUACCCAGGUCCAGUGCUAACUCGGAACCAAGCGGUAGAUCCCUCAGACGAUCUGCUCCCGUUCGCAUCCCUGAGUGGCCCAAGGUUUACAAGCAUGGUCAGAGACAAAGCUUUGGAGCUCACGGCUACGAGGAUGAGUUCCAUCGCCGCGGCGGCAGCCAUGAGAAUGUUGAUGAAGAGGAGGAGGAUGAUGAUGAUCGUAGAGCCCCCCCACAUGAAUGGCUCGCGAAGAAAAUGGCUAGGAGCCAGAUCUCGUCCUCCUCGGUCUUUGAAGGGGCAGGGAGAACCCUCAAGGGGAGAGAUCUCAGCAAGGUGAGGAAUGCUGUGCUUAUAAAGACUGGUUUCUUAGAGUAGGAUGAGAUGAAAAAUAGGUUGAGUGUGAGGUCAUUGUCAUGAUUUUGCUGUGAAAACGGUACCUCGGUGCUGCAAUUGGGCUACCUUUUGUCUUGCUUCCCUUCUCUUUGGCCUGAAAGCCAGCAUUGAGAUUUUGUUGUGUGUUGCGGGAGGAGGAGAUGAGAUGUUCUUCUCUUACUCUGUAACACCGGGCAUGUAUAACCAGUUAACGACCUCCCUCCCUUCGCUGCCAUGUACAAGGAAUGUUUUUUUUAGUCUUGCACAAACCGGGUUGCUUUCUUCUUCUUCUUCUUCUUCUUCUUCUUUUUCUUCUUUUGUUGCCAGCGACUAGUUUUCCCUACCAUGUGCACUCUCUCUCUCUCUCUCUCGUUUUCAGAAGCGGUCGUAUUAAUCACAUAAGCAUAUAAAUAUAAAUAAAUAAAUGCAUAGUUGCGUGUUCUGCUCGUAAUGCUACUGACAAUAAAGGACCCACUACUACACUAAUCAAGAUAAUAAUGUCCUGAACUGGUUGUACAGUCACCUCCAUGCGACAGUUAACCGUAUCUUACUGAGAAUGGAUUGGCUUAGUGGUUGCACAACAGCCAGCCUCUUUUUGCCUCCAAUCA